AUGCUAAAAAUUAAUGGAGAGGAGAUGAUUGUGGUUAAUUUUGUGGCCACAUCCAAACAUUCUUCAGUGGACAAAGCUAUUGUGCGUGAGUUUUACUCGCGGACGGACAGCUUUGGAGCAACCUUGCUUCCACGAGGUAGGUGGUUGAUAUCGCAAUACGGUCUGCCGUGCGUGGGAGCCUGUCGGUCCAGUGACCCCACUCCUGAGGCGAUACAGCUGUUACCUGAGUCAUUCCAAGACCAAGAGCACGGAGCACCAACUACUGAGUGCAAGCUGUCAUCGUACUGGCUCUCGCCGUCGUGGCGUACGCAGAAGACAAGAAGGAGGAACAACAGACAGCCGCCUCAUCUGAGAAGAAACAGGACAAGCGAGGUCUUGGUCUGGGAUACGGUGUCGCUCCCGCCAUCGUAUGCCGCCCCCGCCGUCAGCUAUGCACAUGCCCCAGCUGCCAUCGGUUACUCUGCCCCUGCCCUUAGCUACCACCCCGCUCCCGUUGCAAAGGUUGCCUAUACUGCCCCCGCCGUUGCUAAGAUUGCUGCCCCGGUUGCAUAUUCUGCCCCAGCUUUGAGUUAUUCCGCCCCAGCUUUGAGUUAUUCUGCCCCAGCCUUGGGUUAUGCUGCCCCAGCCUUGGGUUAUGCUUCCCCCGCCAUCGCUAAGGUAGCCGCUCCCGUCGCUUAUGCCGCCCCCGCAGUGGCUAAGUUCGCAGCACCCGCUUAUGGACUGUCUACUGCCUAUGGUGGUUACGGUUAUGGUGGUCUGGGAUAUCUUCACUAAGUCAAACAGAAUUAGUCCGACUGUUCGAUGUAGCUAAUGGAUCAUCGAAGUGAUUAGCUCCUUGUUCAGCGGACAACCGUCUUCUACAGGUUUAAUUCUACUCCGUAGAAAAAGAAACUUUAUAUUUAUUCAUAUUUCUGGAAAUCAUUUGUAUUUAUUAAAGCAGAACAUCUAUUUAUUUGAUUUAUUUAACGUAAUGCAAAUUGAUGUUACAGAAUACGUACUGAUGAUUUAAUGUUUACAAAUGAACACAUUCGAAAUUUAUGUUUUAAAUAUCUGUCUAAUUCCUUCUGCUUAUUUUGCAAUAAUUGGUAAAAUAAAUCACUUUUAUCACUUA